UCUUUGAUGAGUCCCGGUUCACAGUUGUCGAGUUGUGUGUUUUGAAUGUUGUGGAGGCGUAGUUUCAAUAACUUCUGAGCUGUUUGUUAUGGACGCUGUGUAGUGAAUGUGUUGCAAUAGCAUAUAGCAAUUUGUUGUCAUUUGCUGCAACGUUGCAGUGCAAAAGCUAUGUCCAAAAUGUUGAAGAGGAAAUUUGAUGACGACGUGGACUCUACCUCUGGAGGAAGAGCUAAGCAAGACGAAUUGGAGGUGACAGGUGUUUCACGCUCAGGUCGAGUUCGCAAGAAGUCUUCAAAACUGAUGGAUUUUGAAUCACCUGAUGAUAUUGACAAUCGGUAUAGGCGACGUGGUGGCGACUCAUUUAGUUCUCCUGUUGCUGGUAGCAGUGGCGGCAGAGGGCGAGGCAGGGCAUCGUCCACAUUACACUCAGACCGCACAACAUCCAGUUCUGGUGUCCAUCAUCGUGAUACCUUGUCAAAUGAUGGGGGAGACGAUAUCUAUUCAAGUUCAGAUGAGUUCACAGGAGAUGUUCAAGACGAUGAAUCCAGUUCCAGUUCUUCAUCAUCUUCUGAUGAUGAAGCAGCAUCUGACGAAGAUCGACUUGUGGAAGAACGUAAUACAACAGCCAUUCCCGAUGAAAGCAACAGCCGGACAGGCGAUGAAGGACCUUCAGGCUCAGGAACAGCAUCUCGUGGAGGUCAGUCACUGUAUAUGCUCGAGAAAUCAACUAAGAAGAAACUUGUGGUGCGAGAUGGUCGUGUAGUUGGACGUACUAAAGCACAACGGAAGGAUAAAGGCAAAACACGGUUCACUGCCUACAUGCUUUGGGCAAAGGAGGUUAGGCAGGAAAUACUGCGUGCUAAUCCCGACACAGACUUUGCUACUAUUAGUAAGCGCCUCGGUGAGCUCUGGGCAACAGUACCCAACAACGAGAAGUACGCUUGGAAAAGGCGUGCUAAACGUGUCGCUCUGACCAAGCCCGGAUCAGAUGCAUCGGCACAGAGUUCUGUAACUCAAGGAGUUAGCGGAUCAAGUCAGCAGACGGACGGUGGUCGCUGGCGGACUUCCGGGUCCCGCUCGAAGUUCAUCAAUAAAGCUGGUGGUGUAUCCUCAUUAUCGGGUGCAACAUCGGGGGCAGCCACUAGGCAAGAAAGUGGCAGUACUACUGGAGGAAUGUCAGUGACUGGCGCAGUUGGAAGUGGUUCACGCAGUAGCGCAGGUACAUCAGCAUCAAGUGGAAGUGCACGCCACCACCACCAGCAGCAGCAGCAGCAGCAGCAGGUUGCAGAGGCCAAGGCUGGAACUGCAGCAGGAGCUUCUGGUGGGCGGGGACUGGUAGCUGAGCCUGCAGUGGGACCCGGCUUAUACAAGGUGGUUGGCACACAGCCCGUGGAUGUGGCAGCUCAUCUGAAGUUGCUCGGGGAAUCACUCGGUAUUAUUGGUGAACGCCUGAAAGAACAUGAGGGUCAAAUUGCUGUUUCUGGUAGCUUAUCUGUCUUGCUGGACUCACUUCUGUGUGCUCUUGGCCCUCUUAUUUGCCUGACACGGCAGCUGCCAGAAACCAACAGCUGUCCACCGGAGAUGCUGUCGAAACUGCUAGACAACAUUGCCUACUUUAUGCCAGGCCUCUAGUGGUAAAAGGAGAGGUGUGCUCUGAAGACAACUCUCUGGUGU